AUGGAUCAACAGGAAUGUAUGCGUCGUGCGGCCGAGCAGGCUGUAGACAGCUAUGUGCGUUCCGGCAUGGUGGUCGGCCUCGGUACAGGUCGUACUGCUAGCUAUGCUGUGCGGCAUUUGGCAAAGCUUCUAGCGGCGGGCACGCUGCGGGACGUAGUUGGCGUAGCUACCAGCGUUACUACACAACAUCUGAUGCACGAAGUCGGCAUCCCGUCUCGUGAAUUAGACGCUAACACACACAUAGACGUGGCGAUAGACGGUGCCGACGCGUUUGAUAGCGACUUCAACUUGAUCAAGGGCGGUGGCGGCGCGCUGUUCCGCGAGAAGCUGGUCGAGUUGGCGGCGGAGAAGCUUGUAAUAGUCGUCGAUGCGAGCAAACGCGCCUUGGGCCACCUUCUGGAGGCAUUCCGGGUACCGGUCGAGGUCGUUAAGUUCGGGCACAGCGCGACCAUGCAACGCGUAGUAAAGCGCCUAGAACCGCUCAUCCGUUCCUGGAGUGAACGGCGUAACGCGGAUGGGUCGCUCUACGAGACGGACAACUCGAAUGUCAUAAUGGACAUCGAGUUCUCCGCGACGGACCUCGACAACCUGGAAGCAGAGCUGCGUUCGGUACACGGCGUCGUAUGCACGGGUCUCUUCCUCGGAAUGGCUUCUGCGGUAGUGGUCGCACACCCUAACGGCGUGGUGGAGGUCCUCACAUAG